AUGGCAACGAACAAAUCAUUAUCACAUCAUCGUAAUUAUCAAAUAGCUCCUUCAAUUAUAUAUUCAAAAAUUCAUAGUAAAAGUUCAGAAUCUUUAUUAAAUAAUAAUCAAAAAAUUGAUUUACAACAAAAAGAAAAACAAUUUAAUAAAAUAAUAAAAAUGAAAAAAUCACAAACAGAAUUAACAAAUUUUGAAACAACAACAACAAAACCUAUUGAAAUUACAUGUAAUGCAACAUCUAUAUUACGUCGUCGAUUUAGUCUUUUUCGUAUUAAACGUUCACAACCAUCAAAUGAAAAUGUUAAUGUUCAAGCACUUCAACAAAUUAUUGAUAAAUUAAGAUAUGAUUUACAUAUUAAAACUACUGAACUUGAAAUAAUAAAAAAACAUACAGAAAAUAAAUGUAAUAGUAUAAUACAACCAUCAAAUGAAUCAAUUGAACAAGCGUUUCAAUUACAAACAAUAUUAAAUACAAGACUUGAAGAAAUGCUUACAGAAAAUGAUUUACUUAAAAAAAGUAUUCAAGAACUUGAAUCUUUUGCACAACAACAAAAAAACAAUAAACAUUUAACUGAUAAUGAACAUUUCAUAUAA